UCCAAGUCGUCUCGUUAUUGACAUUGACAUCCUCCGUGUAUAACCGUCCAGGUCGUAUUCGAUCCGUAAAACUCUAGGACCGUCUCGCCUUGCCCAAAAUGGCCUCCAUCGGUAGAAAACUCGUACUCGGUCGACUGGCCAACGCCUCGUCCUCUUCCUUCCUUCGAACGGCCCCUCCCACCGCUCACCUCCUCGCCUCUCCCUACCUGGCCUCGAGAUCACUCAACACGUCCUCCUUUUUCCGAUUCGCUCAGCCCGCCAACACGUCGCCAUCAAGGAUCCAGCAGGGUCCGAUCAAGACGCCGAACCCUAAAGACAACGCUCUGGCAGGUGCCGCAAGUCCUGGGUCGACCCAGAGCGCUCCUGCUAGCGAACCCGCUCAGGUCGGAGGGUUGCAGUAUGCGGACUACAGCAAGGGACCUAGCGCUUUGGACAAGGCGGCUCAGUUGUUCUUCUUUACCGAAAUCUUGCGAGGAAUGUGGAUCGUCCUGGAACAGUUCUUCCGACCUCCUUACACCAUCAUGUACCCCUUCGAAAAGGGUCCCAUUUCGGCCCGAUUCCGUGGAGAACACGCCCUCCGAAGAUACCCUAACGGUGAAGAGCGAUGUAUCGCCUGCAAGCUCUGCGAGGCCAUCUGUCCUGCACAGGCCAUUACCAUCGAAUCGGAGGCCCGAGACGAUGGGAGCAGGAAGACCACUCGAUAUGAUAUCGACAUGACCAAGUGUAUCUACUGCGGUUUCUGCCAGGAAGCUUGUCCUGUUGAUGCCAUCGUCGAGACUUCGAACAUCGAGUACGCCACUGAGACUCGAGAAGAGCUUCUUUACAACAAGGAGAAGCUUUUGGCCAACGGAGACCGAGCCGAGGCCGAGAUCGCCGCCAACUUGCAGGCCGAGCACUUCUACCGUUAAGCCGGGUUUCUUGCUGUCAUACGAGAAACCGACCCGCGCACGAAACCUCUGAACAACCUUAAUCAUUCUUUCCUGUCGGACGACGACCGAUCGAUCCGGCGCUUUAGCUCAGACGCUCGGUCGCCCUUGUACAGUAGUCUUUCUCCUUCAUGAACCAUCGGAUGAAACAUCCCAACCUGUCCGUCGAGAUCGAAGCUUGCACAGCGAGCCGUGUCUGCUUCCAAUUAAAUCCACGUAUACAGUAGGUACAGAUACAUCAUGAUACCCG